AUGGCGGUGUUGAAGAAAACACGAGGCCUCUACACGGCGGCUACGCGAGGCGGCCAGCGAGCCCAGUGCCGCAUUCGGGGACGCGGGGCGGGCAGUCCGCAGCCGACAGUCAUGCCUCGCGCCGCGGGCACGGUCGCACUGCUCUACGUCACGCUACUCACCGCGCUCGUCGCGUGCAUGGAGGAGGGAUGCACGGACUGGGAGGGCAAGGCGGUGGCGCACGGUCUGCUGUACGUACCGGGCCCUGGGGCUUGCUCCCUGUGCGUCUGCUACCACGCGGAGCCGAUGUGGUGCAAGGCCAUCUACUGCGACCCACCCUACUUCUGUAAGAACUUCCGCGUCGGCGAGCGGUGCUGCGAAUUCGAGUGCCUCGACCCGCCCGGCGAGGACACGCGCUACCGCGAGAGGCAGCGGCUGCGGGCGCUCAUCCUCUCCGGGAACUCAUCGGCGCCGCACCCCGAGCCCUCCCUCCGGCUCAAGGCUGGCAUCUCACUGCUGGCGGUCGCCGUAGCCAGGCUCGUA